GGAUAUGCCAACGCUAACGUGUAUUACAUAUAGAUUAUGAUGAAGAUAAGGUUUUGAAAUGCCAACUGAUAUUGCGUUAUCCAUCGUUAUCUGUUCAAAUGGGGCAGUUUAUUUUUUUCAAUAUCUUGACCAGUGAUCAAAACGCAUAGACUUUCUAAUAACUAAAUUGUGAACGUUCAUCUUCAUUUUUUGGCUUAUAAAAAAUGUCAAAACUCUGUUUUGGAGAGUUUCCAUUCAAUUCUUGUACAGUCAGCCUUCUCAGAAGUGACAGAAAUGGCAGAAUAUUGAAAUGGAACUUUAAGGGUAAAUUUGUUGCUGUAAAGAAACUGCUUUUCAAUUCGGAUAGCUACAAAGAUCAGCCAUCUUUGAAGUCCCACUGGGAAAAGUUGGUGCAAUUGCGUGACGAACAUCUUAUUCAAUACCUACUAUUAUCUAACGUAAAAGAGGACGAUGUGAGAUACCUCGUCCCGGUAAUGGAUUGGUGUGGGGGUUCAAUGCUGGACUAUUGCCGCGGAAUCCUUGACAAAAGUUUUGCAUCGCUUGUCAAAUCAGCUGAUGUCAUGUGGCAAAUAACCUGCGGUCUUGAUUUUCUCCAUAGCCAUAAAAUUGAUCCUGGAAAUUUAAAAUCUAAAAAUGUACUGUUUUGGAAAAAAAAUUCGAAAUCAAGACAGGUUGUUGUCAAACUAACAGAAUAUGGAUACAGCUAUCAUCGGUGCGAGGAUAAGAUUAUUAACCUCGCUCCUCUGCUCGGUCGCUUGUUCUACUCUGCUGCCACCAAAGAAGAAACCGGACCCAAUGGCUCCUUUACUCUUGACAGCUUGACUGAAAUUGAUGUUAACCACAGAGUCUUUGCGUUGGAUUUAAUCAGCCUUCUUAUUAAUAGAAGUCUUUCAAACAGUUUUGACGCGGGAACACUUCUUUGACAUCCCUUUUUUACUCGUUGCACAGACGAAGGACGAAUUAGGUUGACCCAGGAUUUAAUGGAAGAUAAAGUGGAUCUUAUAUGGAACGACACAGAAAAGCUCCAAAAUUGGUUAGAGUCUUUAGAUGAGAAGAAGUUUUUAGAUGAAGAUUUCAACGACUUUAAAGACAUUUUUCUUGAAUGGGAAACUCAAGACUCGGCCAUUAGAAAAGCGUUGAAAACACCUCAGCUACUCUCCGAAUACAUUUGGCAUACAGCAACCGAAUCCGAGGGAAAUUAUAAACCAAAAUCCAUUAAAUUAAAAAAAAAAUUAGGAGAAGGAAAGUGUUGGACAGUUUUCGAAUGCGAAUAUAUUACGGAUGGAAGCGUAUAUCUGACUGCUUGCAAGAAAUGCAAGCCAGGAUCCGAUGAGGACUUUAACGUAGAAAUUAAGACUCUUCGUAAACUGAGCCAUUUGUUUGUCGUCAAAUAUCUAGAUGUGGUCACUAUGAAUUCCGAGAAGUUUAUUGUGAUGGAGUUAUGCGAAGGAUCCUUAAAAGAUUACGCCGAAGGAAACUUGAAAGAAAUUCCUAAAGAUUCACUGGAUGAAAAAAUUCUUUUAAGUCAAGUAGCUCUUGGUCUUGCCUUCAUCCAUGACAAAGGAAUAAUUCACAAAGAUUUGAAAUUAGACAACAUUCUCCUCAAGCGUCAAUCUAAUCGUCUGGUUUUAGCCAAAAUAGCUGAUUUUGGAUUCGCCAAGGAACUGAAACUUGGUAAAUCCGAGUUCAGUCAAACUAAGCACGCUGGCACAGAAAAUUACAUGUCACCUGAACUUCUCAAAGCUAAAAACGGUGUCUAUCCGGCCUCCUUUGCUAGUGAUGUGUACGCUCUGGGAAUAAUAAUUGCGCAAAUAGCAUUGAAGGGGGAACAUCCUUUUAGUGCCCAUGAUUCCUGGCGAAUUAUAUCCAUGAUUGAGGGUUUGACUCCACAAAAUCUCCAUGGACUACGCUCGGAACUGAUUGACCUGAUUCGAAAGUUAACCGACAAAGAUCCUAAAAAACGCCCUGCGAUGGUCCUAGUAUUGCAUCAUCCUUAUUUUGUCUUGACGAACGACAGAACCAUAAAACGUUUCGUCAAUCAGUUCUGGGAUGGUUUGAAGUUAAUACUUCCCAGAGGCGAUCACACAAAAAGAGUUAUGCCUAUAUUAUACGAAAAAAUACUCAGCAACCAAAAUUUCCAAGAGUGGUAUGAUAGUGUUUAUGAUGAAAUGCCAAUUACUGAGAAGGAGAAAGAAGAAAUGGGAAAUACCCUUCGCAUGUUCAAAAAUUUGAAGCCUGACAUUACAUGCGACGAUCUAUACCCAGACAAAGAAUACGUAAACAUAAUUAAGGAAGGCAUCUCAUCUGAAUACGAUGGGAUCAAAAAUUAUGUUAAAGAGAUCACCUCGCUUUAUCCUUCUGGCCUUUCUCGAUAUCGCCUGUACAAGCUGGUUAAACGAGCACCAACAUUUCUUGUGCCUUACUUCUCGUCUCAAUUACUCGACUUGUUCCCUAUCAUCAAUACGCAGGCGCAUAAUAACCCGCUGUUAAAGACUUCAAGUCAGAGGAAUAAGGAUCCUGAAUCGAGUAAAUCAAGUGUAAAGCAACAUAGACUUGAGAUUGUUUCCGAGUUAGAAUGGAGCAGCACGUAUUACGACGACGACGAGGAACUUAUUGAUGAUCUGUGGAACAUCAAAUACGCAGGACACAACGAAUAUUCAAAAGAAACCAUAAAAGAAAUGAUAAGAACGCUAGAAAAAUGCACGGUUUCCGAGAAGAUUUGGUCUGCAUUGCUGAAUUGGAACGAAAUAGAUUUCACUGAGCUGAUUCUCGCAGCAGUUAAUUCGCAUUCUUCAAACGCCCCAAAAGUAACCGUAAAUUGUAAAUUAGUUCACACCAAAAUGUGAGAUAUUACAAAAAGUGAAUAAGAAAAUUAGCUUGUGAAAAGAAAAAUAAGCGACUAGUUUAAGUCUAAACGAAAAACAUGAAACUCAAAUUCCGGGUUGAAUCGAUAUGAGUCUGCAGAGCAGUUGAAGACACACCUUGACGAUUUCUUUCUGUUUAAAAAAAAAGGUUGUACAGAAUUCUUACUUGUCAUAGUACUGGCGUCCACGGAAAGCAACAAGAUA